AUGUCAGCCGGGACAGUGGUCAUCGCAGGAGGAAUUCUGGCUACAGUCAUCUUACUGACCAUCGUCGCUGUUCUGUGUUUAUGUAGGUUGCAGUAUUACUGCUGUAAGAGGGAGGAGUCUGAGAAGGGGGAAGAGGAGGAACCAGAGCUCGCCACUAUGUCGCCUUCCCGCCCUCUGGCUCUGUCCGCUCCCCCUACGCCUCCGACGCCGGAGCACUACGGCGACGAACCGGAGAACUACCCCCCGACCUUCCUCACGGAGGCCAACGGACCCGCCAGCUACUCCCCCACGCCGCCGCCACGCAGGUGCCAGCGCUCACACGCCUUCUGCCCGUCCUGCGCCCGCUGUUCACUGCCUUUCUACCUGCAGCACCCGGAAAGGCUGUGUAACGGCGGGCGCAGGAUCAGCUACAGGACUGUGCAGCAGUCGGACCUGGAGCUGCCCAUGGACCUGGCCAGCUUCUACCAGAAGCUCAACCUCAUCCGCUCCGUCACCAUGAGGGAGGUUUACACCCACAGCGUCAGCACCGACGUCUAG